AUGGAAAUGGAGUUGCCUUACGCUUACAACAAACAUAACAAUUUACAUGUCUUCCAUGGCUGCGAAGACUACUCUUCUAGAUUCUUCGUUAUCGUACGACACUCCGAAUCAAGAACUCUAUUGAAAAUCCUAGCUCAAGCAUUAAUCCUUGCUCUUAUAAUCAUGGUCUUAGCUGGAGUAUUCGGAUCCGGUCCAGGACCCGAACCCAUACCCGGACCUGGAUCCAAUACUAAAGAAUUCGAUAUGGAUACUUUUACACCCAACAAUUAUAACCAAAACAGUAUUAAUGCAAUCCCAUUAGUUUUUCAUGAUCUUGCCAAACAAAGAUUAUGGACAUCAAAGGAUGAAUCUCUAAUUGUUAGUAACUACAAAGAAGAAAAACUGAUAAUCGAGAUGAAGACAAUGUCACCUUCUGAUACCCUUCUAGAAACUUCCAUUCAAAACGAAACCUUCGAUUUCUCUUUCACUGAUAGUUUCGGAGAAGGAGUUGGAAGCUUCUUAGACCGAAUUCUUAAAAUGGGUGGAAUCAUUUUAGCUCAAUUAAGUCCAGAUCCAUCCAUGUCAUUUGAAGUCCCACCAAAUUAUAAAAUUGUCUAUUUUAGGAAACUCCACAAUUCAACAUUUAUAGCAAUGAGAAAAAUAGCAUAUGCUAACACAUUGCCAUUAUCAAUAUCAUCAUCAUCAUCUUCCAUGACUCAAAGGAAGCUUCUAGAAUUUCUAUCAGAAGAAAAAAAGAAGGUGUUGGGUAAUCUAGAAGAUGUAUUAUUAGAACCCCCAAGAUCAGCAACAGGGAAAUCAAAAACAUAUCUAAGAAAAACAAAGUUUUUACCUGACCUAUUGAAUGAUUCUUUAGAAGGGUAUUCUAGAAGGGUUUAUAUUGAUGUAGGGGGUGGACACGGGUCGACCCGUUGGUUUGAGCAAAACUAUCCGACCCGGAAUAAAGAUUUUGAUAUGUAUAGGAUAGAGACGGUGCCUGAAACGGAGGUGGAAUCGGAUGAUGCAUGGGAGGGCCCACCAACACAGAUGGGGAUAUCUGAUUGGUUAUGGAGGAAUGUGAAGGCGGAGGAAUAUGUAGUGAUGAAAGCAGAUGCGGAAGUGGUGGAGGAGAUGUUGAAGAGUAAGGCGAUUGGAUUAGUGGAUGAGUUGUUUUUGGAGUGUAAACCGAUUGGUAAAGGAGGGAAUAGUAAAAGAGCAUAUUGGGAAUGCUUGGCUUUGUAUGGAAGGUUGAGGGAUUUUGGUGUUGCUGUGCACCAAUGGUGGGGUUGA